AUGGUGCUGUUGGCGCUGGGCGCCUGGAUGUUGAGCUCCGUGACCAGUCAGAGCGGCUUCGUCAUGAACAGCGCCACCCCAAGGGGCAGCAAGGUGGCCAUGAGAGGAUUCAAGGAUGACUUCUAUGCCUGGAAGGAGACCUUGAGCUCGGAAGAUCAGGCACUCUUGCUGAAGCAGGCGCAGAAUGAGUUCAACAAGAAGUUCCGCGCUUCGGAUGAGUUCAAGAAGAGCGUCUCAGAAGACAAGAUCGAAUCCUUCGGAAAGGUCUUGCAGAAGUUCUUCGACAACGAGCGGGAGGACUACAAGAAGGAUGUCGCCAUGAAGACCCCCGACUAUGAUGCCCUGCAGAAGAAAGCCAACCAGGUGGCUUAUGACUUCAGCCUCAAGCGCGCCGUCAUCGAAGUGGACCGUGAUGCGGACCGCCGCUGGUCCUUCGCCACGGAUAAGAUGAAGCUGGCCGAAGACAAGGACGAGGUCGCCCCCAACUCGGCUCCUUUGGAGGAGAUGUACCUGUUUGCCAACGAUGGUGAGAACCACACCAACAACGUGAAGCAGCUGGAGAACAUGAAGAAAGCCAUGGAGGAUGCUUCUGCCCCAGCUGAUGCGGCCAAGAUCAAGAAGAUGUUGGAUGGUUUCAAGAUCCCAGCGGCUGGUGAGGACUUUGCCGUGAAGCUUCCCCGCAAGCUGAUCGAUGACUUGAAGAACACCGCCGGCGGCAUUGCGGCUCAGAAGGAAGGCAAGUCGGACAGCGAGUUGGAUGAGAUGUGGUGGAAGCAGGCUGGGGAGCUGGUUGCUGGCUACUACAAGCAGCGUGCGGAGGUGGAGAAGGACGUGGAAGGCUUGAAGAAGUUCUUCCGAUCCCAGAAGGACAUGCCUGGCAAGACCAAGGCCGACAUCGUGAAGCAGAUCUGGAAGGAGCUGCCCAAGCACAUGGACACCCCAGUGGCUCCCUUGGAUGAGGAGAUGUUGGUGGACUUGGCCAAGGAGCCGGCUGUCAUUGAAGGUGAGUUCAAGCACAGCUGGGGCACUGCAGAGAAGCUUUACAAGUCCGAGGCCAUCGAUUCCUUCGGCAACCGCUACCUGCUGGGCGUCUUCGAGAACAAGGCUGAUGCCGAGAAGGCCUUCGAUUCCUGGAACAAGGAAUACGAGCAGGCCGGAAAGGACGUGAAGGAGAACUUGAAGAACUGGGCCAAGCAGCAGGAAGCGGAGCUGGCCGAGGAGCAGGACUCCGUGGAUCGCAUUCGCAAGGCUUUGGAGGAAGCGCGUGCUCGACCGUCCCGCCCCAGAUCUGCUGGUGUUCCCAUGGUGGAUGCGUUUGGGGUGGCCUUGAAACCCAGGUGUGGUUCGCCGGCCUUGGCGGCGCGGCACAGCCGCUUCGCCCAGGAGGGGCGUCAGCUCUGCCAUUUGGCGGUGAAGCAAGGCCGUGCGCUGGAGGAGUCAGCGCAGCUUGGCGUUGGAAAUCCCGGGAGAGAGGCCGCGCAGGAGCCCUUGGAGUUGCGCCCCACGGCGCCACCGGGGCGCGCCGCCGGCGUGGCCGCCGGCCGCGCCAUGGCGCUGCUGGCGGCCGCGGCGCCCAGGGCGCCCAGUCCCGAGGAGAAGGUGCCUGCCUCCAAGUUCGCCACAGCACCGGGCAAAAUAAGCCCGGAGCCUGAAGAAGCCGUGCUGAUGCGAAGUGCGCCAGAAGUGUUGCAGCUGGCAUCAGCAGUUCAUGAGCGCUCUUCCGGUUCCGAAACUUUAUGCUUCGGAACCCCUCUUCUGGGCAAUGAACGUGGCUGGGAACUGCAUGUACCGGAGCCAGAAGCGAAAACGAGCACGAGGUCACAGGAGUGGCCGGAAAUGGCGCCGGUCGAGAAGGCGACCAAGGUCACAUCUCCCAAGCACGCCCUGCCGGAUGUCCCCGGCGCGCCCCGGGGUCGACAUUUGAAGGUCGACGAUGCUCGGCCACUGCCCAAAAGCACGUCGCCUGUCUCCCGGUCACCGCGGAAAACCGUGGUCACCGGUGGCAACACUGUGGCGGCACCGGUAACGCCGGUGGUGUUGCCACCGGCGCAGAGCAAGGAGGAAACGAUGUGGGCGGAAGAAGUACCUUUCCCGGUACCGGCACUCCCUGACCGCAUCGCUUGGCCGUCGCGCUUCGCGCACAUCGCCGUCGCGACGAGGCGCGGCAGGUCUGUGACCCCGCCGCGCCAGGCGCCAGGUGAAUCGUGGCGCCCGGAGCAUCUGCCGGUGGAGUGCUUGAUCCGCUGCCGGCGAAGGAAGAAGGGGCCCAAGGAAAAACUCCUUGUGCUGCCGUGCUUAGCCAACUUGGAUGAUCCGCGAUUCCAACAUCUCUUUGAGACACUGGAAGCCGAACAGCCGGAUUUGAUGUCCGAAAGCAUGUUGCACUUGCAGGGCUGUGGCAGGGUCAAUUAGGCCCAGCCAUGGCUCAGCCCAGGCCUUUUUGGGAUGAUCUUUGGAAGUCGUUUGGGGUCGAGGGG